UGGCAACAUUGGGUAAUGUCCGAUUUCGGCAUUUCACUUACGUGUUUUGUUUAUUUUACUUUUAAAAAUUGUCCGGAUUAGUGAUAUUAUUUAUACAAUGAAAAUCCUCUACGUGCUAUUUAUUUCAUUGACUAUAGUAAAUUGUGAUGAACAUACACAUACAUACAAGGAUGGCGAGCAAGUGGUGCUAUGGAUGAACACUGUGGGCCCAUACCACAAUCGCCAGGAGACGUAUGCAUAUUUUUCGCUACCGUUUUGCGUCGGCACCAAAGUAACAAUCGGGCACUACCAUGAAACUUUAUCGGAAGCGCUUCAGGGUGUGGAGCUUGAAUUUAGUGGACUCGACAUUACCUACAAGGAUAAAGUUCCUGCACAGCAGUUUUGUGCUAUAGAACUUACUGAGCAGUCAUAUAAAGCCCUCGUCUAUGCAGUGAAGAACCACUACUGGUACCAAAUGUACAUUGACGACCUGCCUAUUUGGGGAAUCGUUGGCGAAGUUGACGGUGACAGCUACUAUAUCUGGACGCACAAAAAGUUCGAUAUUGGCUACAACGGGAACAGAAUAGUUGAAGUAAACCUAACUGCAGAGAAUAAGGAGCGCCUUACACCGCAUGCAAAUAUUCCGUUCACAUAUGAAGUCAAUUGGAAGCAGAGCAAUAUUAAGUUUGAAGACAGGUUUGAUAAAUACUUGGAUCCCAACUUUUUCCAGCACAGGAUCCACUGGUUCAGCAUCUUCAACAGCUUCAUGAUGGUGAUAUUCUUGGUGGGGCUUGUGUCUAUGAUUCUCAUGAGGACUCUCCGUAAAGACUAUGCUAGAUACUCUAAGGAUGAUGACCUGGAUGAUUUAGAGAAAGAUUUGGGAGACGAGUAUGGUUGGAAACAAGUACAUGGUGAUGUGUUCCGUCCUGUUCCUCACUUGGGGUUAUUCUCAGCUUUAGUAGGGGCUGGCUAUCAGCUCACCACUGUGACCCUGGCUGUCAUUAUAUUCACGAUAUUUGGUGAACUUUACACUGAGAGGGGUUCAUUAUUGUCUACUGCUAUUUUCAUUUAUGCUGCAACUUCUCCAGUGAAUGGAUACUUUGGGGGCUCUCUGUAUGCCAGGAUGGGUGGCAAGCUAUGGAUCAAGCAGAUGCUCCUCUCUGCUUUCUUGCUCCCUGUACUGGUCUGUGGUACGGCAUUUUUUAUUAAUUUUAUUGCUAUGUAUUAUCAUGCCUCGAGAGCUAUUCCAUUUGGCAGUAUGGUGGCUGUGAUGUCCAUUUGCACUUUUGUUAUUCUACCACUGACUUUAGUAGGCACUGUUUUGGGCCGUAACUUAGCUGGUCAACCUGACUAUCCUUGCCGUAUCAAUGCUGUCCCUCGGCCAAUACCAGAAAAGAAGUGGUUUAUGGAACCAUUCAUAAUUAUCAUCAUGGGUGGUAUUUUACCUUUUGGUUCAAUAUUUAUUGAGAUGUACUUCAUAUUUACAUCUUUCUGGGCUUAUAAAAUUUAUUAUGUGUAUGGAUUUAUGUUGCUUGUGUUUGUGAUCCUUAUGAUAGUGACAGUGUGUGUAACCAUUGUGUGCACAUACUUUUUGUUGAAUGCCGAGGACUACCGCUGGCAGUGGACUAGCUUCCUGUCAGCCGGAAGUACAGCUCUCUAUGUAUACUUGUAUUCCUUCUAUUACUUCCUGUUUAAAACGAAAAUGUAUGGUCUAUUUCAGACCACUUUCUACUUUGGCUACAUGGCUCUCUUCAGUUUAGCUCUUGGAAUUAUUUGUGGGACUGUAGGCUACAUUGGCACAAGUAUUUUUGUUAGGAAAGUAUAUUCUACUGUAAAAAUUGAUUGAACACAAAUUACUAGGUUGUCAAUUUUUAUUUGAUAUGGUACUGUUAUUCCAAUCAGAAUAAAAUGUCUUAUUUGUUGAUUUGAUUUAUUUUAUAAGAAGUGGUUACAGA